AUGUCUACCAUCUCCUCCCCACGCCCGUCCAUUGCUUCGUCCCGCGCAUACUCCCCAACACCCGCCUCCUCGCGACGCCCAUCCCUCGACGCCCUAAACACCUCCAUCGCCGGCAGUCUCAGUGCAACAUCAACCCCCUCAACAGCCCGCGCCGUCUCACCAUCCCUACAUCCGCGCCGCAAUCGCGCCGCCCUCCGAGACUAUUAUAACCUCAAGCCCUCCGACGCAGCGGGGCUCGGCCCCAAUGGCCGCCGCUCGCGGAGCGUCCCCCGACACACCGAUGCCGGCGACAUCUCGAACCCGUCGACCGUGGUAGCAGGCACAGAGCUUGACAGUCCAGAUUUUGAUCCGCAGCGAUACGUGAACAAUCUUCUUGCUACGUCAUCCCUGGCCACUAUCUUAAAAGCGGAGAAUACACUCGUUGGUGAUAUCCGUACACUAGAUGGGGAGCGCAAGGCGCUGGUUUAUGACAACUAUUCGAAGCUCAUUCGGGCUGUCGAGACGAUAGGGAAGAUGAGACAAAGUAUGGACGAGAGGGGGGCACCAUUAACUAUGACGAAGACGCUUGGGCCAGCGAUUUCAUUUGUGGCAGAGACCGCGGGGAGUCUUAUCCGGGAGGGGGAGGUACUAAGGGAGCGCAUGAGGGAGAGUAAUCCGGUGCGUGAGAGAGAGAGAAGGGAGAAAGAAACUGUGAGAUGGGUGCUUGAAGCGCCAGGGAGGUUGGCGAAGCUUGUUGAAGAUGGGAAGAGGGAAGAGGCUGAGAAGGAUUGGGAGGAGGUGAGAAGGUUGCUGGAAAAGUGGGAAGGAGUUAAGGGUGUGGCUGAAGUCCGUACGGCCUGUGAGAAGGCCAUGCAAAAGGAGGACGAAGCCGAUUGA